AAAAGGAGGCAAUCGGGACGCGACCUUUUCACUGGUGCGUAUCGAGAGAUCUGAGGAGGUAGGAAGACGGUGGUCGUCUGAGAGACGGAGAGCAACUUAACGGAGUUAGCAAUGGCAUGGAGAGGAAAUCUUUCGAAGUACCUGAAGGAGGUUCGGUUUCUCAUGUGCCAGACAUCGCCUGCAAGCUCAACCACAAGGGCAUUUGUGGAAAAGAAUUAUAAGGAGCUAAAGACAUUGAACCCCAAAUUGCCAAUAUUGAUCCGUGAAUGCAGUGGGGUCGAACCUCAAUUGUGGGCAAGAUAUGACUUGGGUGUUGAGAAAGGCAUCAGAUUGGAAGGUUUGACAGAGGACCAGAUUUCUAAGGCACUUCAAGAUCUGGUAAAAGCUGGAGAGUCUUUGAAAGCUUGAUGUUACCAUAUUGCUGCUCAUGAACGGUCUGAAAGGGAAUAAGUAAUCUCUGUUGCAGUACGUUUAUUGCAGACUACUAAGUUUUUCCCUGUCUGAUAGUUUUCCGGUGUUCAGAUUUAAUCUCCUUUCCUUGCUUCUUCAAGACAAAACCAUGAUUCAACUGAGUCUUGAACAUGCUUUUUGACUGUUGAGUACUUUAUUCAGAACAGAGCUGAAAUCAUGUUAUGAUUCGGUUGUUGUAUUACCUUUCCAAGCAUCAUCCUAUUCGCGUCACAAUUAACUUGUUGUGAUUAGGCUUGAUAAAGCAUAAUUUCUACUGCCGAAGAUUAUGCUUCUGGUCAUUUUAUCUCUCACCUCCUCCAGUGCUAAUAUUGGGAGGGGAAUUUUUUAGAUGCCCGGAUUAUAAGAUUAUGACAUGCUUGUGAAGUUCAGCAGUCAACUUCGUAUUCUAUUCAUUUUGGUUUCAAUGUGGCAACGUAUUUUAAUCAAAA